UUCAAAAAUCCAUAAAAAGCACUGAGAAGGGAGUAAGAAAGUUGAGUCAGUCUCACUCUUGCUCAUUCAGAGCUCUAUCAAUGGCUUCAAUCAGCCUCUUCCACUUUGCUUCCCUUCUUCUUCUUCUCUCUCACGCUUCAGCUUCGACUCUAGUGUUGUACAACAAAUGCAAACACCCAGUGUGGCCCGGAAUCCAACCCAGCGCCGGCCAAAACCUACUCGCCGGCGGUGGAUUUAAGCUUCCGGCGAACAAAGCCUACACCAUUCAACUCCCACCGCUAUGGUCCGGCCGCUUCUGGGGUCGCCACGGCUGCACCUUCGACAGAUCUGGCCGUGGUCGCUGCGCCACCGGCGAUUGCGGCGGUUCUGUCUCCUGCAACGGAGCCGGCGGUUCACCUCCAGCUACUCUCGCCGAAAUCACCCUCGGCCAAGAGCUUGACUUCUAUGACGUCAGCCUCGUCGAUGGUUAUAACCUGGCGAUGUCGAUAAUGCCAGUGAAGGGUUCAGGUCAAUGUAGCUACGCCGGUUGUGUAAGAGAUCUAAACCGGAUGUGUCCGGUUGGGUUACAAGUCCGGUCACGUAACGGGAAACGGGUAGUAGCCUGUAAAAGCGCUUGCUCUGCUUUCAACUCACCACAAUACUGUUGCACCGGCUCCUUCGGUAACCCACUCUCCUGCAAGCCAACGGCUUACUCCAAAAUCUUCAAGGUCGCUUGCCCUAAAGCUUACUCUUACGCUUACGAUGACCCAACCAGCAUCGCCACUUGUUCCAAGGCUAACUACAUUCUCACCUUUUGCCCUCACCAUCGCCGUUAAACUACAAACUAGAAUAUAAGAAAAAAAUAUCUAUUUCUCUCUCUAUGUUGGCAGCAAAUCUUGUUUUAUGUAAUUCGGAACCUUGAGUUUCUGUCUCUCUUCCUAAUUUGUAACACUCUUUUUUUUUUUUAAUUUGCAAAAUCCCUAUAUCAGUAUCUAUGGA